CGGCGAAAAGACAACCUAGUGGAGGGGUGGCGGCAGUGGAGAUUCCGGAAGCCCAUCCUUCACCCGGAAAUGGUUGUCGAGAAACAUGGCGUUGCUGGUGCGAGUCCUUAGGAACCAGAUUAGCAUCUCCCAGUGGGUUCCAGGAUGCAGCCGAUUGCUACUUGUGUCUCGUACACAGGGACAGCAGGGCAGGACUCUGUCUGGUACUUUCCAGGUAUUCACCAGAUGUUUGUUGAGUAUGUACCAGAUACCAUUAGGAACUGGUUUAAGGAAGAUAAGCCAGGCCCUAGCAUGUGGUGGAUCAGUACAAAUUCCUGGAGUAGACAUUGAGCUGAGGAGGAAGUAUCAUACCACAAGUAAGCUUUCUUCUGCCAAGGAUUCACCACAGCCUGUUGAGGAGAAGGUUGGUGCUUUCACAAAGAUAAUAGAAGCCAUGGGAUUCACGGGACCUCUGAAAUACAGUAAAUGGAAAAUUAAGAUUGCAGCCCUUCGCAUGUAUACUAGCUGUGUGGAGAAAACUGACUUCGAGGAAUUCUUUUUAAGGUGUCAGAUGCCUGAUACAUUCAAUUCAUGGUUUCUUAUAACUCUGCUUCAUGUCUGGAUGUGUCUAGUCCGAAUGAAGCAGGAAGGCCGGAGUGGGAAAUACAUGUGUCGUAUCAUCGUUCAUUUUAUGUGGGAGGAUGUUGAGCAGCGUGGCAGAAUCAUGGGGGUUAAUUCCUAUAUCCUGAAGAAGAACAUGAUGCUUAUGACAAAUAAUUUCUAUGCCGCAAUCUUAGGAUAUGAUGAGGGAAUCCUUUCAGAUGACCGUGGGCUGGCGGCCGCCCUCUGGAGAACCUUCUUCAACCAGAAAUGUGAAGACCCUCGGCAGCUUGAAUUGUUGGUAGAGUAUGUGAGGAAACAGAUACAGUACCUGGACUCCAUGAACGGUGAGGAUCUGCUUCUGACAGGGGAGGUGAGCUGGCGCCCUCUCGUGGAGAAGAAUCCUCAGAGCGUCCUGAAGCCUCAUUCCCCAACUUAUAACGACGAGGGUCUUUGAUGGGCUGGUCCCUCCGAACAGCUGGCCAGCUAGCUUUGAGGAACUGCCAGAAGAGAGGUGCCUCUUUGGCUCAGGAUCCUGCAGGAAGUGGCCUGAACUGACCUUUGAACAGCAUCUAUCAAAUACCUGGCCCCAUUUGUGUUGAUUUUCCUCUUAGUACGCCCAGGAGUCUGAUCAGGUGGGGUACAGUGCUGGGAGAACCCUUAGCCCUUCUAAGGUGUCCUCUCCGUCAAGAGAAGCCCUGAGCAGGAGCUCCCUGCACACGCUCCCCAAGUGCCCUCCAGAAACCAUGUGAUUGACCACAGAAGGGAAAGGGGGUAGGUUCAAUAGGGGACAGCUGCCUCCCCUCAAGGACCCACCGUGGCCUAGAAGCAGUGAGUAAUGCUGCUGAAUCAGGCUGGGUAACCACACGCUGUCCUCCAGCUUUGAGCCGUGGGCUUGAGUUGGCCAUUAAAAGACCCAGAGACGUCUCUCUGCCAUGGUGGUUCUUUAUUCCUGGGUCUUUUAGAAACACACCUGAGGUGGCGGAGGCCAUGAGUUGAGAAGCAGUGCCAGCUCAGUUAGAGACAGGAGCAGAGGAGGUUCGGGUGGGGUGGGGUCUCUGCUGCUGCUUCUGUCUCCAGUUCACAGAGAUGUCACUGUUCUGGCCAAGGCAUCUCCUGCUGACCCCGUCCUCGGGGACGCAGGAGGCCUGUCUGGCCAGGGGGCUUGUCACAUCCUGAGGCCUCAAGACAGUUCCCUUUGUCACACACGCCCCCACUGGACUGGGGUAGAGUCAUGCUGUCUUUCCUCCCUUGGCUCCCCUUACAUGAGAUACUGUGGGGAAGAGAAUGCUUCCUGGCUUCAUCGCACCACCCCAGGGCCCCGCUCCGUGCUCAGCCUUCCGCCCGCUUCCUAGCUUCUGGAGCGCGUGCUGCAGAGCCCCCGUGGUCUGAGCCCCUGAGGACUAGUCUCCUCCCCCUGAGUGUGGGUCAUCUUUUGGGGGAUUUUCUUUAAAUUGAAGAAGGGGGUGGAGAACUAUGUCGCCCCUCCCUCCCCCCCCCAGUCAAACUUCCUUCAUUUAACUUGCUAUAAAAUGAGUCAUAUAAAGAAACUCUAUAUGGAUGAGGUAUAUCCCACUUCUGUGAAAACAUUACAAAUCAAACGGCCUUCUCUGAGUUUAUUUAAGAUGCUUUUGUUGCACGCGGAGCUCCAGAGUGAAGCCUCCUCUGUGUGUGUUAGAUAAUAACACCUUGUAACUCAUUACAGCUGGGCACUAUUUACAUAAACCAGAGCUGAGCCAGGCAGGAAUUUGCUGAUUAAUUUAUUUUUAAUGGAGUGAAGUAUACCAUGCACCAAAAUAAACUUUACUGUGUGUACCUAA